GCGACGGGAUUGAGGCACCCUGUGCAUACGGCACCCUGUUGAGAACACCGCCUUAUCUCUACGUUCAGGCAUCAUGGACUCCAAUGAUAAACGCUCCGAAGCUCUCAUUGAAAACUGCCGAGCCAGAUUGCAAACCCUGAUCAGAGUCGAGCCGGUCCUGGAUCUCAUGCACUCCAUCGAUAAAAAACAGAAGGAGCUGAUCAUGAGCAAAGCCCGGGCGGAGGGGGAACGGGAGGCGGCCAACCUCCUGAUCGACACGGUGAUCCGGAUGCCGCGGGCCCCCGGAUGGUUCCAGGAGUUCUUGGACGCCUUGUCCGCCGCGGAAUGCCGACACGCGGCGGACUACAUGGACGUCAGGCCACCGUCCGCCGACUUGGAGGCAGAGAAUGAUAACCACAUCCGGCUCAUCGAGCUGCUCUCCGCGAGCCUCCUGGACAUGAAGACCAGCGAGGUUUCUACCCACUGCCUCUCAUCGCGGAUCCUCACAGCGGAGGACGUUGAAAAGGUAAACGCUGAAACAAAUAACCAUGGAAACAAAUGCGGAGCUCGAGAACUACUGAGAAGAAUCAUCAGAAAUCCUCACGGUUGGUUCUCGGACUUCCUCGAAGCCCUGCGUGUCACGGAACACCGAGUCCUGUACAAAGAACUGUCCGGUUUGAACAUGGACGACAAAGUUCCAGGCGCUGUUCCUAGAGAGGCGGGGCCAGCCAUAGAGGGCUCGCCUGGGGUUGGCCAGGAGCUUCAGGUUCCCAGCAGGGAGAGCUGUGUAGAACUGUACAACGACGACAGCAGUGAGACCAGUUCGAGGCAGGAGGACUGUGACCUUUCGCUCAACCUCUCAUCAGACAGCGUGGGCGGAGGAGCUGACGAAGGAGGGGCUGACGGAGGAGCUGAUGGAGGAGCUGACGGAGGAGCUGACGGAGGGGCUGACGGAGGGGCUGACGGAGGAGGGGUGAUCUCCCUGCGGCCCUACCAGGCGGAGGUCGCGGCCCCCGCCCUGGAGGGGCUCAACGUGAUCAUCUGCCUGCCGACCGGCAGCGGGAAGACGCGCGUGGCGGUGUACAUCACGGGGCAGCACCUGGACGCCCGGCAGGCGCUGGGCCAGCCCGGGAAGGUGGUGGUGCUGGUGAACAAGAUCCCUCUGGUGGAGCAGCACUACUCCAGUGAGUUCGCUCCGUUCCUCCGGCGCUACAAGGUGGGCCGGGUCAGCGGCAACUCGCAGCUCAAGAUCUCCUUCCCCGACAUCGUGAGGAACCACGACGUCAUCAUCUGCACCGCCCAGAUCCUGGAGAACCACCUGGCGGGCUCGGAGAACCUGGACGACGAGCGCCUGGAGCUCAGUGACCUGACGCUGAUCGUGAUAGACGAGUGUCACCACACCCAGAAGGGUGGGGUCUACAACAACAUCAUGAUGCGCUACCUGAAGCAGAAGUACCGCAACCUGCAGCUCAUCAAGCAGGGCAAGGAGCCGCAGGCCGUGCCCCAGGUCCUGGGCCUCACUGCCUCCCCAGGCGUCGGGGGCGCCACCAAGAGCACCAAGGCUGAGGAGCACAUCCUCAAAAUUUGUGCUAAUUUGGACGCUUGCAAAAUCAUGACGUCGAGCAGCGAAGACACGAAGGACCUGUCCAAGAAGGUCUCCAUCGUGGAAGAGAGAAAAAAGGACCCUUUCGGUGACCUCAUCAAGGCCAUCAUGACGGCCAUCCACCUGCACGCUGACCUCCACUCCACCUGUGACUUUGGCACACAGACCUACGAGCAGUGGGUGGUGCAGAGAGAGUACAACGCGGCCAAAGAGGAGGACCAGAAGGUGAGGGUCUGCGCUGAGCACCUGCGGCGCUACAACGAAGGCCUGCAGCUCAGCAACGUCAUCCGGAUGUGCGACGCCCUGGAGGUGCUCGGCGCCUUCCAGGAGGAGGAGAUGAGGAGGAAGGAGGCUCCUGAAGAGGAGACGCCCAUCCAGGUCACAGACACCGAGAGGUUCCUCUUCAAGCUGUUCCAAGACAGGAGGGCGGAGCUACAGCGGCUGGUGACGAUGCCGGAGUACGAGAACAGCAGCCUGUCUACUCUGCGGGUGGAGGUCCUGAAGGAGUUCACCAACAGGGCGGACGCUCGCGGGAUCAUCUUCACCAAGACCCGACGUAGCGCCAUGGCCCUCACCCAGUGGGUGCAGGGCAACGCCAAGUUCGCCGAGGUGGGGGUGAGCGCCAACUACGUCCUCGGGGGAGGAGACCAGAGCAGCGUCAAACCCAUGACCAGCGCCGAACAAAAGGAUGUUUUGAACAAGUUCCGACACGGAGAAGUCAACUUGCUGAUCGCCACCACCGUCGCCGAGGAAGGCUUGGACAUACCGGAGUGCAACUUUGUGAUUCGCUACGGCCUCGUGACCAACGAGAUCUCCAUGAUUCAGGCGCAGGGCCGUGCCCGGGCGGAGAACAGCAGCUACACCCUGGUGGACGUGCACGGCUCCGGGGUGGUGGAGAAGGAGUUAGUCAACGAGUUCCGCCAGAAAAUGAUGAACAAAGCCAUCGUGAAGAUCAAGAACAUGGAUCAAGAGGAAUUCAAAAAGAAGAUCACCACCUAUCAGCUGGAGGCUAUCCAGGAGAGGAAGAUGCUGCUGAAUAAGAAGAAGAAGAAGAAGCAGAACGACAGUCCGUCUGAGGUGUCCUUCAGCUGUCGCGGCUGCAACAAGGACGUGUGCCGUGGAGAGGACAUCGAAGUGGUCAGUCAGAUGCACCAUGUGGUCGUGUCCACAGAGUUCCGGAGUCUCUACAAUAAGAAGGACAACACCAACCUUCAGGAGAGGCUGGUGGAGUACGAGACCAAUCAGUUUGUAGCGUGCAACACGUGUGGCCAGCGAUGGGGGUCCAUGAUGCUCUACCGUGCCAUCGAGCUGCCCAGUCUCCACGUGAAGAACCUGGUGGUCACCUGUAAAGGCAAGAAGAUCAGCAAGUGUGCCAAAUGGAAAGAGCUGGAUGUCUGCUUCCCUGCCUUCGACCUGUCUGCCCACGCCAGCCUGGUGGACGAGGCCCUGGACUCAGACUGAGGACCCGCCGCCUGGUGGACCAGGCCCUGGACUCAGACUGGACCCCCAGCCUGGUGGACCAGGCCCUGGACUCAGACUGAGGACCCCCAGCCUGGUGGACCAGGCCCUGGACUCAAACUGAGGACCCCCAGCCUGGUGGACCAGGCCCUGGACUCAGACUGAGGACCCCCAGCCUGGGGGACCAGGCCCUGGACUCAGACUGAGGACCCCCAGCCGGUGGACCAGGCCCUGGACUCAGACUGAGGACCAGCAGGCCCUGGCUCCACUGUCCUGCUAGAGGGCUUCACCUGAGAUUAAAGCCACGAACAGGAUAAAUGAUGUGUCGAACAGAGAUUAAAAAACACUAGUAAAAUAAAGAAAAUAAUGUGUUCUGUAUGAAAGUAAUUUUGCUGCUGUGUCUGUCAGGGAUAAAUCGCUUAUGUAAGGGAUAAUGUAUAGAACGCCGGUCAGUAUCGGGAAAAUAAGCCCUGAACUGAAGUAGGCCUAGUGCUGAUAAAAAGAGAACGUUUUUUUUCCGGUAGGCUUCAGAUCAGCUGACGACGUCGUUUAGAUACCGAAUAAACUGGGGCUGGUAAAUUACUGGAAUGCUUGUGGAGUGCUACGAAAGACGUGAAUCAGAGGCAAACAAACCCCUUUCCUUGAAAGCGGUCAAUUACGCUUGACAACGGUCAAUUAUGCAAAUAUAAUUGACCGCCGAACGUUGGGAAGGCCUUAAGUGAAUGGAGCAUUCUACAGCAUUCAGAAGAGCUGUGUAAUAACAAAGAUGUAAAUAGGUGUGCACUGGGUCUGGCUGAGAUGUGUUUUUUUGUGUGUAAAGAGACAUCUCCUACUGUCUGUUUAGAGUUACUACUGAAUGAUGCCAAGCUUCUUGAGAGCUUCCGUUCUGUGCUGAACGAGGCGCUGUAGGGUUGGCCGUUAACAUGACGGAAUAACCCAAAUGUUCAUUUCAAACACUGUCAAUAAAUUGUAAUUGAAUAUUUA